AUGCUGGCUGGCAAGCUGGGCGGUGACGAAGCCAUGACCUCAGUGGAGCUGUAUGUUUACAUGCGGCCUGUGUGCAUGCACACUGUGAUUAGUCGGGGAUAUGCGGGCUGGUUGGUGAUGAGGGACAAGCCGCCAGUGGCGACUUUGCGAGGUUGUACAGCAUGCAAAACACAGCCAGAACUACAACCAGAAACAGACCUGGCCAGACCUGACCAGACAUGUCAAACGAUGAUGCAAGGGCUACUGAAGUGGCAUCAAAGGAUGUUUGGUUGGCGCAAUGCGAGUUGA